AUGUCUCCAAUCUUUCGCCUCCCCGACGAACUGCUCGAGUCCAUCGUCGCCUAUCUUCCUCCCACCGCCACCCUCGCUUUUGGAACGACCGCCCGACGCUGCAACAAGAUCGUCUACGAGCCAUUGGUGUGGCGACGACAUUGCGUGCAGACAUGGAAAUACUGGGAGUCCCACCAUGACAUUGAAGAGAAGCUGCUGUCGCCGCCGGCCCAGACUAGAUGGCGAGUCUUGUACAAUGAACGCGCCAGGAUCGAUCGAGAGGCCACCGAGCUCUUCGACCUCGCUCUCUUGACCCAGCAAAACCGAUAUGCGCGAACUGAAGAAAUUGCUGCUCAUGGCUAUGAUGUGAAGGAUCUCAUGCUCCGAGUGAAGAAUGACACACCCGACGAUGCAGAGGACGUGCUCGCGAGGCGGUACUACGCCAAUGCCGUCCUGGGACAAAUUCAUCGCACCACCGCUUUGGAGAAGUGGAUGCGCUUGCAACAACGCCAGAUGGUCAGACUCGAGGAAGUCCUCGGUGCAUACGACCUGUUCGUGCUGAGUGGUCAGAAUGGAGACCUUGCCGACAUCGACCGAGAGCUGGAUAGGUUGGCAAUGCAAGUGCGUGAGCGUUACGCAGAGCAGGACUUUGAUAAUCUGAGCGUGCGACGGAAAGCUAGUCUGGUGGCCGAGUAUCUGCGCUCAGCAGGUCUGCUUGCCAACAAUGCCGGUCCUGAGAACUAUCACGCUCUGCGCAACAACUUCUUAUCCAUGGCCUUGUUCGGCCAACAGCACACUUGCCUACCCCUUCAAGCCGUGGCCAUCUACUGCGCUGUCGCACGACGACUGGGAAUCAAUGCCAAAGCAUCCAACUACCCGCAGCACGUCCAUGCCGUCAUUGAAGCACCCUCUGGCAUGAAUUUGGAUGGCAAGCACGUCAUGGUCAUGCAGGAUUCCGAGCCCGAGCUCAUGCAUAUGGACCCGUGGAGAAGUCACGAGGAGGUUCCCAUCGAACAGCUUCGUCUCCGACUGCUACAGAUGGGUGCUCCAGCGCAUCAGCACGCUCAACAUCUCUCUGCCACCACAUCUCUCGAUCUAUGUCUACGCACCGGCCGCAACAUCAUGACUUCCGUACAAGAAGCUCGAGAACAUCACCGUGAACACGAUCAUCUCUCCGGCCCGAACAUCGAAGCAGCGUGGUACAGUAUGCUCUGGUCCAUGAUGAUCCUUGGCGACCACAACAACAGCGCCAGCACUCUCCAUCGCCGUCGCCAAUGCCUUCCAUACCUGAUUGAGCACUUCCAAGCUCACUUUCCCGAGGACAUCAACCUGGUUGAAAAGUAUAUUCCGAGAAUGUUUGAAGGCGAAAGAGAGCACACCAUCCUGCUUCACUUGAUCAACGAGCGCCGCAUGGAUGAUCGCAACAAGAAAGCUCCUACUCCCCGAACUGGCGACUGCAAAAAUGUCAAACACCGUAUCGGCACUCACUUUCGCCACAAGCGCUACGACUACGAAGGCGUCAUCGUCGGCUGGGAUCGACGUUGCUCCGCCGAACAACGUUGGAUCGAGCAAAUGCGCGUCGACGACCUGCCACGAGGUCGAGAGCAGCCCUUUUAUAACAUAGUGGCUGAUGACAAGAGUGUACGAUAUGUGGCCGAGGAGAACAUUGAAGUGGUGCGAGACGAGCCGAGCGACAUGCUCAUGUCCUUGGCGGGGAGAUACUUCAACCGAUGGGAUGCCGAUGCAGGCGAGUUUGUGAGCAACAUUCGGGAUGAAUAUCCCGAUGAUUGAGUGGUACCUCGGAGGUAUGACAAGCGAGCGGCGG